GUUUGUAGAAGCCGUCUGCAUGCCUAGGGGCUUGAUUGUAUACACCUGUGUCCAUGGAGGGGAUUGGAACACCUGAAUCACAUGAUAUGGAGGGGAUUGGAACACCUGAAUCACAUGAUAUGGAGGGGGGUUGGAACCCCUGAAUCACAUGAUUGGGAGGGGAUUGGAACACCUGAAUCACAUGAUGUGGAGGGGAUUGGAGCACCUGAAUCACAUGAUUUGGAGGGAUUGGAACACCUGAAUCACAUGAUUGGGAGGGGAUUGGAACACCUAAAAUCACAUGAUAUGGAGGGGAUUGGAACACCUAAAUCACAUGAUAUGAAGGGGAUUAGAGCACCUGAAUCACAUGAUUUGGAGGGCUUGCCCAAUACUUUUGACAAUGCUGUGAUUGGGAGGGGAUGUGUGCCAGAGGCAGGCUGUGAUUGGUAGGGGGCUUUGUACCAGAGGAAGACUGUGAUUAGUAGGGGUGUGUACCAGAGACAGGCUGUGAUUGGGAGGGGGUGUGUGCCAACGGCAGGCUUGUGAUUGGUAGGGG